UACCCUGGCAGAGCCGGGAGUAGUGAUGACACUGUGAUGCGCUACUCCACUCAGUAUGAAGAGAGACUUGACCCGUUUUCAUCCUUCAGCAAGAGGGAGCGCCAGCGCAGAUACCUGAACCUCAGCCCUUGGGAUAAAGCUACACUGAGUCUGGGGCGGGGCAUCCUGUCCAGUAAGACGGCUCGCACCAUCGCCUUCUUCUACACUCUCUUCCUACACUGCCUGGUGUUCCUGGUACUGUAUAAAACAGCGUGGAGUGAGAGCGUUGGCCGCGACUGUGCUGCAUUCUGUGCAAAGAAGUAUUCUGAUCACCUCCAUCAUUUCCAUGAAGAUGGGGGGAAUGGAGACAUGUGGCAGUGAUGUCAUCACCCUCUGUCCCCUCCCACCCCUGCAGACUCCACCCUCUCCUGAGAACAGCUCUUGAUGCUGUGUGUGUGUGUGUGUGUGUGUGUGUGUGUGUGUGUGUCUUGAUGCAGUGUGUUCUUCUGACCACCAUCCUCUUAAUGCAGUGUGUUCCACCAUCUUUAGGCACUGGGGGUGUGUGUGUGUGUGCGUGCGCGUGUGUGUGCGCGUGUGUGUGUGUGUGUGCGUGCGUGUGUGCGUGUGCGUGUGUGUGUGUGUGUGUGUGCGUGUGGCAGUGCUGAUGCUUCCUUAGGUCUCUCUAAGCAUGUGUGUGUGCGUGCGUGCGUGUGUGUGCGUGCGUGCCUGUGUGUGUGCGUGCGUGUGGCAGUGCUGAUGCUUCCUUAGGUCUCUGGGUUAGAGGCUAGUGCUUGAGUUAGGAGUGACUUAAAGGCUUAAUAUGCAACUCUGUCUGUAAACCUUUCAAUGACAUUGUAACUCUAAUCUCUAAUAUGAAACUGUAACUCUAAUCUCUGAUAUGAAACUGUACGUGUAAACUUGGGUCUGAAGGUGCAGAUUUCAUCUUUAGUUGGUGAGCCUCCUGUACCUGGCUGGGAUUAUUGAAUACACACAGGCACGAGCCAUUGAACCAGCCACUGGGCACUGGGGGUGUGUGUGUGUGUGUGUGUGUGUUCGGGGUGUGUUCUGUACUCUUACGUUGUGUGUGUUCUUAAGCUUUCAGGGUUGUUUAGUCUAUGCAGAUCUAGUUUGGGCGUGUGUGUGUGUGUGUGUGUGUGUCUCUCUACCUAUGAUUUAAUAAAGCUCUACUCCCCGCUCACGGUCUUGACUUAAA